CGAGCGGCGGAGGAUGAGCCUGCUGUGUGCGCAGUAUCUCCGGCAGGCAGAAGUCCUGAAGGCUGACAUGACAGAUUCGAAGCUGGGUCCAGCUGAAGUCUGGACAUCCAGACAGGCUCUACAGGACUUAUACCAGAAAAUGCUAGUAACUGAUCUGGAGUAUGCUUUAGACAAGAAAGUGGAACAGGACCUCUGGAAUCAUGCUUUUAAGAAUCAGAUCACGACACUUCAGGGGCAGGCAAAAAACCGAGCAAACCCGAAUCGGAGUGAAGUUCAGGCAAACCUUUCUCUGUUCCUAGAGGCAGCUAGCGGUUUCUACACACAGUUAUUACAGGAGCUGUGCACAGUGUUUAAUGUAGACUUGCCCUGCCGUGUGAAGUCCUCCCAGCUGGGAAUUAUCAGCAAUAAACAGACGCACACCAGCGCCAUUGUGAAGCCGCAGUCUAGCUCUUGCUCAUACAUCUGCCAGCACUGCCUUGUCCACCUUGGAGACAUUGCUCGCUACAGGAAUCAGACCAGCCAGGCAGAGUCCUACUAUAGACAUGCAGCUCAGCUUGUUCCCUCCAAUGGUCAGCCUUACAAUCAAUUGGCUAUUUUAGCUUCCUCCAAAGGAGACCACCUGACCACAAUUUUCUACUACUGCAGAAGCAUUGCUGUGAAGUUCCCUUUCCCAGCUGCCUCCACUAAUCUACAAAAAGCACUUUCUAAAGCACUGGAAAGUCGGGAUGAGGUGAAGACUCGAUGGGGUGUGUCUGACUUCAUCAAGGCGUUUAUUAAGUUCCAUGGCCACGUGUAUCUGAGUAAGGGCUUGGAGAAGCUGAGCCCUCUUCGAGAGAGGCUGGAGGAACAGUUCAAGAGGUUGUUAUUCCAAAAAGCCUUCAACUCUCAGCAGUUAGUUCAUAUUACUGUCAUCAACCUGUUUCAACUGCAUCAUCUGCGAGAUUUUAGCAAUGAAACUGAACAGCAUAGUUACAGCCAGGAUGAGCAGCUCUGCUGGACACAGCUACUUGCCCUCUUCAUUUCCUUUCUUGGAGUCCUGUGCAAGUGUCCACUGCAGAAUGACUUCCAGGAAGAGUCUUGGGGUGCAUACCCGCUUCCUGCUGUAAAGGUCUCGACAGACUGGCUGAAACUUAGACCCAGUGUCUUCCAGGAGCCAGUAGUUGAUGAAAGACAGUACAUUUGGCCGUGGCUGAUUUCUCUGCUAAACAGCUUCCAGCCCCAUGAGGAAGAUCUUUCCAGCACUAAUGCUACCCCACUUCCAGAGGAGUUUGAGUUGCAGGGAUUCUUGGCUCUGAGACCCUCAUUCAGGAACUUGGAUUUCUCCAAAGGCCACCAGGGGAUUACAGGAGACAAAGAAGGGCAGCAGCGACGGGUACGGCAGCAACGACUGAUCUUCACAGGAAAAUGGAUUGCUGACAACCAGCCAAGGCUGAUUCAGUGUGAAAACGAAGUAGGAAAACUGUUGUUUUUGACAGAAAUCCCAGAGUUGUUUCUAGAGGACCCUAGUGAAGCCAAAGAGAGUCUCGUCCUACAAGAAACAUCCAUUGCAGAGCCACUGUCUACAGAUGGGAGCCCAGGACUCAAAUCAGUUCUGUCUACUGGCAGAAAUCUUAGCAACUGUGACACUGGGGAGAAACCAAUGGUCACAUUCAAAGAGAACAUUAAACCACGAGAGGUAAACCGAGAGCAAGGGCGAAUCUAUCCACCUAAAGAUGUGGGUAGGGAAAGAAGGGACUAUAGCAAAGGAAUAACAGCUACUAAAAAUGAUGGAAAGAAAGACAACAAGAGAAAGAAUGAAACCAAGAAAUGCAGCUUGGAGAAGAUGCAGGAAGCAGGAAAGCAGAAUGUGGCAGUGCAGGUAAAAUCUCAGACUGAGAUGAGGAAAACUCCGGUGUCCGAAGCCAGGAAAACACCAGUAACUCAGACUCCAAGCCAGGCAAGCAACUCCCAGUUCAUCCCCAUUCAUCACCCAGGAGCCUUCCCUCCUCUUCCCAGUCGGCCAGGGUUCCCACCUCCAGCAUACGUUAUACCUCCUCCUGUGGCUUUCUCCAUGAGCUCAGGUUACACCUUCCCAGGUGGUGUUUCUGUUCCAGGAACCUUUCUUCAGCCUACAGCUCACUCCUCUGCAGGAAACCAGGUGCAAGGUGGGAAACAGUCCCACAUUCCUUACAGCCAGCAGCGGCCCUCUGGACCAGGGCCAAUGAACCAGGGACCUCAACAGACAGCACCACCUUCCCAGCAACCCCUUACAUCCUUACCAGCUCAGGCAACAGCACAGUCUGCAAGCCAAUUACAGGUCCAAGCUCUGGCCCAGCAACAACAGUCCCCUACAAAAGCUGUGCAGGCCCUAAGGAAGAGCCCACCACACCACUCUGGAUUCCAGCAGUAUCCGCAGGCAGACUCAUCAAAGCAUCUCUGGAAUCCUCCUCACGUCCAAGGCCCAUUGGGAAAGAUCAUGCCUGUAAAGCAGCCCUAUUAUCUUCAGGCCCAGGACCCCCUAAAACUGUUUGAACAGUCAUUACAGCCUCCUGUGAUGCAGCAGCAGCCUCUGGAGAAAAAAAUGAAGCCUUUCCCCAUGGAGCCAUAUAACCACAACCCCUCAGAAGUCAAGAUGCCAGAAUUUUACUGGGACUCCUCCUAUGGCAUGGCUGAUAAUAGGGUAGUGAUGGCACAGCAGGCUAACAUGGAUCGAAGGGGGAAACGACCACAAGGAGUCUUCCGCCCAGAGCAGGACACUGUGCCCAGGAUGGCUUUUGAGGACCCCAAGAGCUCCCCUCUGCUUCCUCCGGACCUGUUAAAGAGUCUGGCUGCCUUGGAGGAGGAGGAAGAGCUGAUUUUCUCUAAUCCUCCUGAUCUUUACCCAGCUCUGCUGGGGCCUCUCGCCUCUCUUCCUGGACGAAGCCUCUUUAAGUCCCUAUUAGAAAAACCAUCGGAGUUGAUGUCUCAGUCAUCUUCUUUCCUGUCCCUCACUGGCUUCUCCCUAAACCAGGAAAGAUAUCCAAACAGCAGCAUGUUCAAUGAGGUAUAUGGGAAAAACCUGAAUACCAGCACAAAAGCAGAGGUCACUCCCUCAAUGGCCCAUCAGGAGACAUCACUAUAUUCGCUCUUUGAAGGGACGCCCUGGUCUCCAUCCCUUCCAGCAAGCUCAGAUCAUUCAACACCAGCCAGCCAGUCUCCUCAUUCCUCCAACCCAAGCAGUUUGCCAAGCUCCCCUCCAACUCAUAACCACAAUUCUGUUCCAUUCUCCAACUUUGGACCUAUUGGAACGCCAGACAACAGGGACAGGAGGAUUGCAGACCGUUGGAAAACAGAUAAACCAGCAAUGGGAGGAUUUGGGCUGGACUAUCUCCCAGCAACAUCCUCCUCCUCGGAGAGCAGCUGGCACCAGACCAGCACUCCCAGCGGCACCUGGGCAGCCCAUGGCCCUGCUAUGGAGGAUUCCUCCGCUGUGCUCAUGGAGAGCCUGAAGUCCAUCUGGUCCAGUUCCAUGAUGCAUCCUGGACCAUCAGCCCUGGAGCAACUGUUAAUGCAGCAGAAGCAGAAGCAGCAACGUGGACAAGGCCCCAUGAAUCCACCACACUGAGAAUGAGGUGGCAAUUCUUGCAAAGGAAGGCUCCAUAAACCAUGGCAUGUUGGGUCUGCAGGACUCGCCCACACAGUCCUGUGCAGGUGGCAGCCCUCUCUUCUGUUCCUUGCUGUCAGGAGGGCGUAAGUGCUCCACCAACCCACUGAGUGUGCACGAAAUGUCUGCAGUGCAACAAAAAACAUCAGGAAC